UUCAUGGACCAGGGAAAUUACUCUAGGGUGGCUGAAUUUGUGUUGCUGGGCCUCUCCAAUUCCUGGGAGCUCCAGUAUUUCCUUUUUGUGUUUUUUAACUUCUUGUAUAUCAUCAUCGUGCUGGGGAAUCUCCUUAUUGUCCUCACAGUGAUCUCCGAACCUGCCUUGCACACACCCAUGUACAUCAUGCUCAGUAACCUUUCUAUCCUUGAUGUGUUUCUGGCCACUUAUGCAACUCCCAAGAUGAUCCAUGAUUUCCUUCAUGCACCUAAGACCAUCUCCUUUGAAGGAUGCAUGGCCCAGGUAUUCUUGCUCCAUGUUUUUGCUGGUGGUGAAAUGGUACUCCUUGUAGUCAUGGCUUAUGACAGGUAUGUAGCCAUAUGCAAACCUCUCCAUUAUGCAACCAUCAUGAACUUCUGCAAGUGUACAGGCCUAGUUGUAGGCUCUUGGGUCAUUGGGAUCAUGCACUCCCUGAGCCAGUUGGCUUUCACCCUAAACUUGCCUUUCUGUGGCCCAAAUAUAGUGGGCAGUUAUUAUUGUGACCUCACUUUGGUCAUCAAACUUGCCUGUACGGAUACUUAUGUCCCUGAAGUGUUGAUGCUUUUGGACAGUGGUCUGAUGGGGGUGACUUCAUUUUUGCUGUUACUGAUCUCAUACACAGUCAUCCUGGUCACUGUGAGACAUCAUUCCUCAGCAGAUCUGACCAAGGCCCACAGAACCCUGGUUGCCCACAUCACCGUGGUGACCCUCUUCUUUGGGCCCUGUAUCUUCAUCUAUGCCUGGCCUUUCAGCAACUUCCCAGUGGACAAGGUCCUUUCUGUGUUCUCUACAGUUUGCACUCCUAUGUUGAACCCCAUUAUCUACACACUGAGAAACAAAGAGAUGAAAUCAGCAAUGCAUAAACUGAAGACUCGAUAUGUAAGUGCCAGCUGCCUAUCCAGCUGUCUCUCAGAUGACUAG